CGCUCGGAGAUCGUUACGUUGCAGCGCUCCGUUGGCCUCGACGUGUCCGACUCUCAGGCCAGCGCCUUCGUAGCCCACUUCAGCCAGAUGUCCGUGAGCUUGGAUGGUGCCGCCCGCCUGACGCGCCAGGCUAAGCUGGGGCCCUGGUCCAGCAACCAGAUGGCAAACAUCGCGGCCGCGGUCAACGCCGCCGCAGAACGCACCGACCCUUCGGGUGGCACGCGGCCGCCGCAGACAUGCGACUCCUUGGAGAAGUAUUUCACGCAGCAGCUUCACGAUUACUUCAAGAGUGAUGUCAUCGAUGUUGAUAUUGCUACCCGCAUGGUGGCCGUGCAGCUGUACAAACUGGGGCUGGUCUGCCCUUCGAACCAGGUGCUGAAGCGCGCGACGAGCAUCAUCCAGUUGGCUGGGCUCAAGGUGACGACCAUGGGCGCGGGCAGCCAGUCGAACAUCGGAAAGAAUAUCAGGAGCUACGUCAAGAGUUUGGACAAGGAUAAGAAGUUCCCGCUGGCACACAUCCUCGUGUAUCCAGCUGACCCGUCGGCGUUGCCCGCUGCCCACCUGCAGCAUGCUUACGGUGACAGUCAGCCCGUGCCGUUCGUGAUUGAGGGCCUGCCUUGCGCGACGGCGUCCUGCGCCUACCGCGAGUCCAAGAAAGGUGUGAAGGAGCAGGGCAGCGCAGUUGUCCCCUACGGCACUUCCACGGAGCAGAUGAUGGCAACGGCGGUGACUUCGGCGAUUGCCCCCCUCGCGCAGGUCAUGCAGCAGGCGAUGGGGACCAUCCCUGGGUUGCAGAUCGUCGGGGCCCCGAAGAAUGGUGCAGCGUCGCGCGCCCCAGGUGGACUGGCCGCGGCGGCGGCCGACCCGCUGGCUGCGCUGGCGCCUCGGGCGGGGACGGCGUCUUCGCUUUCGCCGUCUGCGCCGACGCCUUCGUCUGUGCACCCUUCCAUGCUGGGAGACUCCCCGCCCAUCGCCGCCGUCGCUCGGGAGUGCGACCCAGUUGAGGACCUGGAGCAGGCCGUCAGAGAUGCAGCCGAGACGGCCAAGCUGCGCAAGCGCAGGACCACGGCUGAGGCAGCGGCCGACGGCGGCAAGGCCGCUGGCGCCGCCGCGCAGACUGGCGCCGCCAGGAAGAGGCCAGCUGCGGCCGUCGUCAAGCUCUGCGCCUCCGACUUCCGCUCCGAGGCCACGUGCAAGGCCACCUACCACAAGGGGAAGAACGACUGGACUUCGAGGGCGUACGGAAUCGCCAAGAGGCGGUGCUUGUCGAGUGGCAUGGGCGAGGACGAGGCGAAGGACGUUGCGAAGGAGGUCUACCACGUGGCGCUGAAGUCGUACGAGCGUGUAUUCGGGAAGUAG